AUGAAAGGAAAAGUAUUCUUUACAUGGGUUAUGAUCCUUUGUGUUGUGAAAUUAAAUGUACAAGGGGAGUACCACACUGAAACCGUACCUGCUAUCCCUAUGAAGGAGAAGAUUACCAAAUUGAGUUUCUUUUACCAUGUUAAUUUAGGUGGCAAAAUUCCUACUGCGGUCCAAAUAGCUCAACCCAACGUAACCAGAGAUGAAAGGCAAUUCCUCCCAUUCGGUACUCUUUUUGCUGUCAAUAAUGCUCUAAGAGUAGGCACUAAGCCGACCUCAAAACUUAUUGGUCGUGCUAAAGGUCUGACUUUAGCUGCUAGCCAAGAAGAUGAUAAGCAUCUAAUAUUGGUGAAUUAUCAGGAUAUUGGGUUCAUUACAGGCAAGUUCAACGGAAGUUCAUUUAUUGUGUGCUCAAGGGAUCCUAUUUUCGAGCCAGAACAUGAGCUUGCAGUUGUUGGUGGGAGACAAAAAUUGAGAAUGGUUACAGGUUUUGUUAAGGUUCAAACAGUUUUUAUUGAUUUUGCAAGUGGUUAUGGUGUUUUUAAGUAUGAUGUGACCUUGUUUCAGAGGCUACGGUUGGCAUCUUCUACCGAUAUCAACCAAUAUGAUAUUGUGUAA